AUGAAUCCGCUAAGCCUUCUUGCAUCUGCGGUGAUUAACAUUGGCUUGGCCAUCAUUGUUCUUUCACUCUUUUCCAUUUGCAAAAAACAGCCUUCAAAUGCCUCCAUAUACUACGCUCGUCGUCUCUCCCAGAAUCACCAUAUUUCCUUCGAUCAUUCUCUUUCCAUACCCAGAUUUCUCCCCUCGCUUUCCUGGAUCCCUCGCGCCAUACGCUUCACCGAAGACGAAAUCCUUCAAACCAGUGGUCUUGAUGCGCUCAUUGUCAUCAGGCUCCUUAAAUUUGGUAUCAGUUUCUUUUCAGUUUGCUCUCUCGUUGGGUUGGUGGUGCUUCUCCCAGUUAAUUUCCACAGCCAGGUUGGGCCAUGGAGCUUUGAUUCCAUGGAUUCUUUUACUAUCUCUAACAUAAAAAAAGGUUCCAACUGGAUGGACUUCAAAUUCGAACCUGGGUUAAUUUAUACAUCUAAUAUGAUUUUUCUUUUCCAUGUUUCAUUUAUUAGGCUUUGGGUGCAUUUUACAUGCUUGUGGUUUAUAUCUUUCUAUGGAUUAUACCUGUUGUAUAAGGAGUAUAGCGAGAUUAUGAUAAAAAGGAUCCAACAGCUUCGAAACAUCAGGCAUCGGCCUGAUCAGUUCACUGUUCUAGUUCGGCAAAUUCCCAUCUGUGCUGAGCAUCAGACUCGUGGGUGUUCUGUUGAUCAUUUCUUCUCCAAGCAUUAUCCCAACAGUUAUUAUUCUUGUCAAAUGUUAUAUGAGGGUAAAGCUCUUCAAGAUUUGCUGAACCAGGCAAAACAUAUUGCGAAGAAGAUAGAAGUAUUGAAAAAUCGGUGCUCUUCCUUCAAGAAGCAAAGCAGCAAGCACUUAUUCUUGGGCACAUCUCGAGAAAAUAACAAAAAAAUAGCCAUGCAUGAAGAAAAGCUCGUAGAACUCAGUCAUAAAAUUCGUCAAUUACAGGAUGAAAAUAUGCUCAAGGAUAAGGAGUUGCCAGUUGCCUUUGUCACAUUCAAAUCCCGGUGGGGUGCUGCACUAGCUGCCCAAUCUCAGCAACAUCAUAAUCCACUUCAGUGGAUCACUGGCAGGGCUCCUGAACCAGGAGAUAUAUACUGGAAGAAUCUGGCAAUUUCAUUUAAAUAUUUGCCAAUUUACCAAAUUGGAGUUGUUCUUGCAGCUUCACUUCUAACAAUUUUCUUCACUAUUCCAGUCACAGCUGUUCAAGGAAUCGCCAAUUUUGAGAAGCUAAAGAAAUGGUUCCCUCCAGCCAUGGCCAUGCAGUUGAUACCUGGAUUAAGCUCAAUUGUGAUGGGUUAUCUUCCAAGUGUCAUUCUUAAUGGAUUUAUAUAUGUUGUUCCCUUUGCAAUGUUCGGCAUUGCUAAAGUUGGUGGUUCUAUAUCAAGAAGCAAGGUGGAGAUGAAAACCUGCAACAUGGUUUUCUAUUUUUUAGUGGGAAAUGUGUUCUUCUUGAGCUUGAUAUCAGGGUCCUUACUGGAGGAAAUUGGAGAAUCGUUUGAGCAUCCUAAGAACUUUCCGAGUCAUCUUGCUCGUGCAGUCUCUUCUCAGGCAGAUUUCUUUAUGACUUACAUCUUAGCAGAUGGGCUGUCAGUAUUUUCUCUGGAGGCUCUUCAGGCUGGAAUGCUGUUGUUGGACUUCAUAAGAUCGCAUACUUUUGGCCGAGGAAAGGACAAAAAUCCAUACCUUUAUCCAUUACCCUACUUUAGAGUCAUCCCUUUGGUCUCCCUGUCAUUUCUGAUCGGUCUUGUGUACGCAUUGGUGGCUCCAUUGCUGCUUCCAUUUCUUCUUGGCUAUUUCUUUCUAGGCUAUGUCGUGUACAUCAACCAGAUUGAAGAUGUAUAUGAAACCGUAUAUGAUACAUGUGGACAGUAUUGGCCAUACAUUCAUCAUUACAUAUUUGUAGGAUUCAUUCUCAUGCAAAUCACCAUGAUUGGGCUUUUCGGACUGAAGUCGAAACCAGCAGCUUCCAUAGCAACUAUUCCUCUCUUGAUCCUGACCAUAAUGUUCAAUGAGUACUGCAAGAACCAGUUCCUUCCAACAUUCCGACGAAACUCCAUCCAGGAUGCUGUGGAGAAUGAUGAAAUUGACGAGAAGAAUGGCGAGAUAGAAGCCAAUUACAGAAGAGCAAGCACUGCCUACUGCCAGCCUUCUCUAAGGCCUAUCAACUACAUAACCUCAGAGUCAAGCUUAAGACUGCCCUUAGUUUCUUCAGCAUGAUUAUGACUGUGAUUAUGAUUCAAACUCUCUUCUUCUUCCUUUCGUUUUUGUCAUUACAGAAGAGAAGCCUUGCACAUUACUGGAUUAUUGUUAUUUUAGAUGUAAGUGAAUAAUCUUCUUAUUCUCAUCA